GACAAGUUGCCACAUAUUUGCUGGUUUGUCUCCAUUCCCAAUGAGCCCCCUCUGUUCUUUAAUUCUCUCCAUAAUAGAUCUGCAACUCCCUCCUUUUCCAUGCUUUAAAUUUUACCAUUCAUCAUAGAUUCGUAGCUCUCUCUUCAAUUUUGUGAAGGUAAUCUAAUCAGAGCCUUGCCAGCUUCUACUUCUACAAAUCAUUACGUUUGUACCCUCUUCCAUUGAUUUCCCUACGCUUCUGAGCUCUCUCUCUGCCAUGGAAAUUACAGACUUCUUUACUCUUCAGUUAAUUUCUAAAUGUACAUGCCUUUACUGCUUCAUAUGGGUCCAUUAUCUUAUUCAGUGACAUAAGUUUCAGCAAUCAGACAUGGUGAGGUUCUACUUCUUGUCGGGUUCUAUUGCUUUCAUUUUCGCAUUCGUCUUCUGAAUGGAAACGAAAAGUUUUAUCAAUUCUGUGGGCUCUUUUCGGUAUCUUCUUUAUCUGUUUGCCUGCCAUUGAAAUGAAAUAUCUGUAUCACUAACUUAUUUUCAUUGAGUUGUUUUCUGCCGAUACUUAUGGGGCUAUAGAUCUGUUUUUGGUUUGCAUUUGAAGUUGGGGUCCAGAGUUUCUGAGUGAUAUUUGGAGUGUGCACACCAUUUGUUUGAAAAAAUGUCUCUGAGAGACUGAGAGACUGAGAGACUGAGAGACUGAGAGCUUUUUUUUUAACCAAAAUGAGGGGGAGAGAGGAUAAUGGGUAUCACAACAAUGGAUUAAAACAUGAAAAGGCUAUGGGUUUUGAGUUUCAAAGAGGAAAUGGAGCUAAUGGCACUUUCCAUCGUCGGUUAGCCGCUGCCAAGUCAACUCCAUCGAAGUGGGACGAUGCACAGAAAUGGAUUUUUGGUUUGCCAAAAGGAGGAGACAAAGAAGAGUCCAAAAUCAAGCAUAGAAAUUCUAAUGCCGAUGACUUGCGGCUGAUAGCUGCUGUGCCACAGCAGGAGCAGGACUAUUCAAGCGGUGGAGAUAAAAGGACUGAAUGGCAAGAAGAAAAUGGAGGCUUUGGUUCUGCAACGAGCAGUCAAAGUGAAGCAGAAACGAAGAAGAUGGAAUGUGAUGAACCCAUUUGGAGAAUCAAUAAGCCAUUGGAGAACUGUAAAACGGUGGUUAGGUCUGUGUGCGUGAGGGACAUGGGGACAGAGAUGACUCCCAUAGCGAGUCAGGAGCCUUCAAGGACGGCUACCCCUAUUAGAGCCACAACCCCUGUGCUUCAGAGCCCUAUAACUUCUGGAUCUUCCACUCCAGCAAGGCCUCACCAUGAAGUGCAAGCCAUUGAAGAUCGCCAAAUGAGUGCUGCUUCCGAUGCCAUGGUGGUGAAAAACCGGAACUCUGAUCAGGCUGUGAAGAUGAACUCCAUGGAAACUAGAGCAAUGGCUUGGGACGAAGCAGAACGAGCCAAGCAUAUGGCAAGGUAUAAACGUGAAGAAGUGAGGAUACAGGCAUGGGAAACCAGCGAGAAGAGGAAAGCCGAGUCAAAAAUGAGAAAAAUGGAGAAAAGGGCAGAUAAGAUGAAAGCAUGUGCAGAAGAGAUGCUGGCAGAUAAACUUGCAGCGACGAGAAGAAUAGCCGAAGAGAAACGUGCAAAUGCAGAGGCAAAACUAAAUAAGAAAUCUGUAAGGACUUCUGAAAAGGCUGAUUAUAUCAGGAGGACUGGUCACUUGCCUUCUUAUUUCUCCUUCAAGUUGCCUUCACUCUGCUGCUGGUAGCAUCAUUCAAUAUUUCCCUUCUAAGUUUCUUCAAAUCUGCUUGUUCCCGUAUUGUUCAAUUGUGGAGCAACCAUUUGGAACCAUGUUAUAAAGUUCCAGUUCGCUUGCCAACAAAAUUGCCAAAUAGAUGGAUAAAUAGAUGGACAAAUGCUAGCUAACGUAAGCUUAGUUCAGUGGUAAUUGACACGUGUCUCUAAACCAGACGUUACAAGUUCGAAUCUCAUAUCCCUAGUGUACUAAAC